CGUUGGUCUCUUUCACAAAAUCUCUUCACCUCUCCUCCCUCAUUAGGUUUCUAUCUUUCUCUCUCUUCUCAAUGCCUCUUAAAGUGUUCGUCAAUGGCGGUUCUUAUCGAACCCUAAUUUAGAUACUCUUAUAUUUUAGGAUCACUUUUGGUACCUGCUUACGAUCUGAAAAAGAAACCCUAAAUUUUGUUGCGGUGAUUUGAUUCUUUUAUUUGUAUAUAUAUACGCUUUUUUUGUAGGAUUUUGAUUCAUUAGGAUUUCUGAGUAGGGAGUUGUUUAGGUUAGGGCAGAAGUGGAUGGAGUCCGAAGAGAUAAAGUCAGAAAAUAAUCGUUCAAGGAAGAGAAGGAAGAGAGAUAAUCCUGUUGAGAAGAUUCAGAAUUCUGUGAGUAAGAAAGCAAAGGUAAUUGUUGAGAAGAAACCUAGGAAGUCAUUAAGAACUUAUGUUGGGAGAUAUGUGAGGAAAGAGUUUGAAGGAUAUGGUGAUUUUUUGGGGAAAGUUGUAUCAUAUACUGAAGGAUUGUAUCGAGUUGAUUACGAAGAUGGAGAUUCUGAAGAUCUAGAGUCUGAUGAAAUUACUGAUAUUCUAGUUCCGGAGGGAGGUCUGGACUUGAAAUUAAAUACUAGAAAGAAUAAAUUGGAUCGAUUGAUUGCCACUCGUUAUGCAAAGAACAAUAGAUUACCAUCGAAUAAGAGUGAGACAGUUGAAACCAGUAAGGCGAGUUCUGAUGAUGAAAUUGAUGUUGAACCAGAAGUGGUUGAGGAAUUGGUAUCUGAUGAUGAAGACACCGACUCUUCAAGUGAUUCUUCUGAGUUUGUGAAAACUCGCCAGUUUGAGAAUGAUGUCCCACUUGCUCCGCCACCUUUAUUGCCUCCUUCCUCAGGGAGUAUAAAUGUACCUGAGGAAUGUGUUUCACAGCUCUUCUCAGUGUAUAAUUUUUUCCGGUCGUUUAGCAUACAAUUGUAUCUAUAUCCUUUCCAACUGGAUGAUUUUGUGGGGUCACUCAACUAUGCUGGCCCUAAUACUUUGCUGGAUGCAGUUCAUUUCUCUAUCAUGCGCGCAUUGAGACAUCAUCUCGAAACGCUUUCUACCAAUGGGUCUGAGCUUGCGUCAAAAUGCUUAAGGCGUCUGGAUUGGAGUUUACUUGACACAUUGACUUGGCCAGUGUAUGUUGUCGAAUACCUUCUGGUAAUGGGUUACGCUAAGGGAUCAGAAUGGAAAUGGUUUUAUGACGAUGUUCUAGACAGGGAGUAUUACAGUUUAUCUGUUUCUAGAAAGCUGACAAUUCUGCAAAUCUUGUGUGAUGACGUCACAGAAUCUCCAGAACUAAGAGCAGAAAUUGACAUGAGGGAGAAUUUGGAAGCAGUAACAGAUUGUGAUUUGGUUGCAGUUCCUUCAGAAAAUGGGCCAAAGAGAGUUCAUCCCAGAUACACGAAAACCUCAGCUUGCAAAGAUGCUGUAGCAAUGGACAUAAUCACCAAUUUGCAGGAACCAAAAGCACGUCAACAAUCAAGCUCCUUGGCUUCUGAUGUUACUGAACUCAAACCCACAGCUCUUGAAAAUGAUGAAGAUAAAAAUAGUGAUGAGUGCCGGCUUUGUGGAAUGGAUGGGACAUUGCUUUGCUGCGAUGGGUGUCCUUCAGCUUAUCAUUCUAGAUGUAUUGGCGUGAGCAAAAUGCUUUUACCACAGGGGUCGUGGUUUUGUCCCGAGUGUACUGCUAACAAGAAGGAGCCAACUCUCAGAGUUGGAGCAAAGCUGAAGGGAGCAGAGAUCUUUGGCGCUGAUCCGUAUGAGCAGGUUUUCAUUGGCACUUGCAAUCACUUACUUGUACUCAAAUCCUCGAUGGAUUCAGAACCAUUUUCCAGAUACUACAAACAAACUGGCAUUCCCAAGGUUUUAUACGCACUGUGUUCAUCUCCUCAACACAAAACACUCUACUUUGAGAUACUAAAGGGGAUUUUAGACUACUGGGGCCUACCAGAAGACAAAUACCUGUCCUUGCCUGAAGAAGAUGAAGCCACGACAAAGCAGGGAGAGGCAGAGGAAGGUGCUUUGGUUUCAGUUUCCACCUUUUCUUGCAGGGAAACUGAUAACGAGAAGGAUAACUGUUCCAGCAAUUUAGAGGAAAUUAACAACGAGAAAGAGGCGCUAUCAUGCUUGGAUAAUGAUGAAAAAUUGUGUUUAAAUGACUCGACCCUGGAUACAGUUAACCUAGCUGAUCGUCCAGGCCUAAACAGAGAUGACGUUAUCAUGUCUGAACAAGUACAUCAACAAGUAGAUUUUACGUGUCAUGAGCAGCUAGGAAGGGAGUCUGCAGCAUCUACAGAAACGAUCAGCAUCCCUGAUGCUGGCCCUUCCAACUCAACACACCAAAGCUUGGGUGAAAAAAUUGAUGUGAUGCCUGUUACUUGUGCCUCUGCUUUGGGUAAUGGGUCUGUUGCUGUGAGAAACAACACAGGUGAUCCAGUUUCAUCAACAAAGAAUGGCUCUGUAAUCAGAUCCUACGAAAUCAUAGAAGGUAGACAGAAUGUUGCUUGUAAGACUGUUAGAGGAGAUAGCGAUGCUGAUUUUUUGUAUAUGGGGGCGCUAUUCAAGCCCCAGAGUUACAUAAAUCAGUAUAGUCUUGGUGAUAUUGCUGCAUCUUCAGCUGCUAGUCUUGCUGGUCUUUCGACGGAAGAAAGCCGAGUUUCUGUGUCUCAAUCUUCAUCCAACCCUAGGAGGAUUGUGACUGAGAAUAUCACAAUGCAAGUUAAAGCAUUUUCUUUAGCAGCCACUCGAUUUGUCUGGCCAAAUCCCGAAAAGAAGCUGACAGAUGUAGUCCCACGGGAAAGAUGUGGCUGGUGUUAUUCAUGUAAGACCGCUACCACAUGCAAGAAAGGAUGCUUGUUAAACUUUGCAGCGUCUAGUGCAAUUAAAGGAUCUAUCAAGAUCCUUGGAGCUAUUCGUCCAAUAAAGAAUGGAGAGGGAAACCUUCCUGGUAUUGCAUCAUAUAUUCUUUUCAUGGAGGAAAGCUUAAGUAAUCUGGUAGUUGGACCGUUCUUGAGCCCAAAGUACCGGGAACAGUGGCGUAAGCGAGUUGAACGAGCCUCAAAGUUCAAUGCUCUAAAGCCCUUGUUGCUUGAACUUGAGGAGAACAUUCGCCUAGUGGCUUUCUCCAAAGGAUGGGUCAAGCUGGUGGAUGAUUGGCUGGUCGAAUCCUCUGUUACUCAAAGCGCUACAGGCUCUGUUGGAUCGACUCCCAGGCGAGGGGGCCGGCGUAAUAAGAAACAAUCAGCCAUUUCUGAAACUGCAACAGAACCUGGUGAUGAUAAUCCUGAGGAGUUUACUUGGUGGCGUGGAGGGAAACUGUUGAAGCUUGUAUUUCAGAAAGGGAUUUUACCAUGUCCAGUCGUUCAAAAGGCAGCUCGUCGAGGUGGUUCUAGAAAGAUUCCUGGUGUUCAUUAUGCCGAAGGCUCUGAGAUUCCAAAGCGAAGUAGAAGGUUUUCUUGGAGAACAGCAGUAGAAAUGAGUAAGAACGUGUCACAGCUUGCGCUUCAGGUUCGAUAUCUUGACCUUCAUAUAUUGUGGAGCGAUCUUAUUCGCCCGGAGCAUAACACUCAGGAUAGCAAAGGAGCAGAUACCGUAAUUUCUACCUUCAGAAAUGCUCACAUUUGUGAUAAGAAGGUUCAAGAAAGUAAGAUUAGCUACGGAUUAGAAUUUGGUAAUCAGACACAUUUACCUUCCCGUGUCAUGAAGAGUGUUCUUGAAGUGGAGCAGAAUCCUGAUGGGAAGGAUAAGUAUUGGUUAUCUGAAACACAAACUCCUUUGUACUUGAUAAAAGAGUUUGAAGACAAUUUGGAGAAGGCUCCUUUGUCACCUCCCAAGAAAGACUCAUAUGGAUUGUCGGAACUUCAAAAGAAGCAGCUAAAAGCCUCUCGGAAGGAUAUAUUUUUGUACCUCGUGCACAAAAGGGAGAAACGUGAGAACUGCUCAUGUGCCUCUUGUCAAACAGAUGUUUUACUUGGGGAUGCUGUGAAGUGCAACUCAUGUGAAGGUUUCUGCCACAAGAAUUGCACCAAAUCUUCUCCAGUUGCCAUGAAAAACGCGGGGGAAAUUACAAUCACAUGUAAAAAGUGUUUCUAUGCCAAAGCUUAUGCGCUAAAUGAGAGCAAUAAGAAACAAGCUACCAGUAAAAUGAACUGGCAAGGUCAAGAAUAUCAGGUGGCAAUGGCUUCCCGUGAAGCUGUCCAGCAAAAUACUAUUCAUCAACCAUUAGCGUCUGCUGGAACUCAAAUGGUUAAGAAACUGGUCAUUUGUGGUCCUAAACUGCCACCAAACAGUAUUAAUGAAUCCGCAGCAUCUGUUGGAAAUGUUGGAACUCAAAUGAUGAAGAAAUUGCCUACGGCUGGUCCGAAAUCAGCGGCAAAAGGUAAGAAAGUAAAAGCAACUGAUGAGCAUUUUGGAAUUAUAUGGAAGAAGAAGCAAAGUGCGGAUACUGGAGAGGAAUUUCGGCAGAACCACAUACUUCUAAGAGGCAAUGCGCAUAUAGACCAGUUAAUAGCGCCCAAAUGUGUCCUUUGUGAAAAGCCGUACAAUCCCGAUCUCAUGUACAUUUGCUGUGCAAAUUUUUGCAAAAAUUGGUACCACGCUGAUGCCUUACAGCUCAAGGAAACUCAAAUUUUUGACGUUGUAGGGUUCAAGUGCUGUAAAUGCCGUAGGACUAGAUCACCUGAAUGCCCUUAUGCUGAUCCUGACAAAAGGAAGACAUUUGUUAGAGCUCCUAGGGAAGGAAGCAUAGGAACAGCCCUGUCUUCUAGAACCAUCCUCAGACAACCUAAUGUGCUUGAAACUACUCCUACAGUAAUAAACACAAAAAUGGAGAUCAUUGAUCUGGAUGAGGGUUUAAGACCGAGUAAGAUUAGUGUGAGGUCAUCAAAACAAGGAAACAUGGGAAUGUAUCCUUCAUCUGAAUAUGUCAUCAAACAACCAGAAGUAGUUUCCAGCACAGAUUGGAAGACAGAGGGCAUGAUUGCAGAAGAGAAUGUUCCUCUUUUGUUCUCUCUUGAAAGGGUGGAGCCAAUAUUGGAGAUCAAAUCGGAAGCCGAAAUUGAACAGUGUGAUGCUGUUGCACAAACACCGUCUCAUGGGCCACAGAAGUUACCUGUUAGAAGGCAAGUUAAGUCUGAGAAGGAUGGAAAUGGCAGUUCUAUGAGAAGUUAUAAUUUGGAAUCCCCGCCCUUAGUCAUAAAUGACUUCGUGGGAUCUGAAAUGCCUCCUGAGGCGGAGUGGGACUUUCCUAUUGAUGAUAGUUCUAAAGACGAACCCUUUAAUUUUGAGGGUUUGAACUAUGACUCGAUGGAGUUUGAGCCACAGACUUACUUUUCUUUUACUGAAUUGUUAGCAUCAGAUGAUGACCAGUUGAUCCAGUCCGAUACCUCUAUGAUGAACGACAUGUCAGAUGAUUGGAGGGACAUCCAUAUCAGUGGCGCAAUUUCACCACUAAAAGUGGAGCAGUGUGACUUGGGUUCUACGAGAGAUCAUCAACAUAUCCCAGUUGUGGAACAGCCUAGUGCCACUGUGAGUUGUUAUAUGUGUUCAUAUUCAGAACCAGCCCCAAAUCUUUCUUGCGAGAUUUGUCAGAUUCGGAUUCAUGAACAUUGUUCUCCUUGGGUAGAGGUAGGUGGACAUGACCGGUGGAGGUGUGGUAACUGCAGAGAUUGGCAAUAGGGUCCAUACCUUGUUUUUAUGUGGAUUAGGGCAGUGCUGGUCCUGCAUUUUGUGGUCCGGUGCAAAAAAUUUUUUGGGUGGUUCCUUGUUAACAAUAAAGGAGCUAUAUGUAACAAUUUUUUUUAUUAACAUUGUCAAGUGUUAACUGAUAUUCGGAAAGAAAGGAAAAAGAAAAAGAAAAAAAAAUAAAAAUUGUUCCCUGGGAAAGCAUUCAAUUA